AUGGAGUAUGUUCCAGCCAAGGAAGUUUUGGUGGCUCGCUACGAGCGCAAAAUCGAGAAGAUUGCAGAAAAUGGAUCUUCGAAAGUCAAGGCUUGGCUGACCAAAAACACUACGAACAACGUCCCCUGGGUCCUUCCGGCACUGCCAGAGUACGUACAAGUUCUCAAGGACCAUUUUCCCAGAGUUCUGGACGUCAUGAAGCAUUCUCGUCACAGUGGUUGCGUCAACGGCACAGCGCUGCUUUCAAUCGAUCAAAGUGUUUCGACUGUUGAUGCCGAGACUCGUCCACAGUACCUAUGGAGGACGAUUCAUGGCGAUCAACCUCACGGAGGAAUCAAGGCCAGAUUGGGCCGAGGAACCGAUCCAAUAUUCUUGCACCUUCACUUGCGCAAACAUCUUCGCUGGCGCUGUCGAGAGUUGAGUCCGUUCCUCUCGGCAACCGACAGCAGAGAGAAGGCCAUCCGCAUCGCCACUACGUACGAGCUACGAGGAUUUCAGAAUAUCACGAUCUUGAGAUUCCAAAGCACUGGCUUGGCUUGGGAUCAUGAAGUUCAGCGCCUCUGGGACCCAAAAUCCUUGCUUCGGGACCUCAAUCUGCAUGGAGACGUUAUGCCGUGGCUCGAUAACGAGUUUCUUGUUGAACAUUCAAUUCCCGAGUCUAGCAUCCGACGCAGAUACAAGUGGCCAAGGAAACACAACACGUCGAUCAAGGCGAAGGAGCGCCGUGAAGCUGUGAAGAGGGAAGCGGAGAACGUAGUUGCGCGAAAGUGCGAGGCCUAUGAUGAAGGGGGCACCAACAACGCCGAUGAAGAUGGAUUGGAGCCUCAGCCGAAGAAAAGGAAGUACGGCAAGCGGGUCAACGUUGGUCCUAAGAUGGGACGCGAUGUUGGUGCUUGAUACGGUUCGUCUGCAGUUGUCCGGUGCAGAUAAAGGAGUUCUUUGGGUUUUAGAAUGAGGUUUUUUUGCGAAAGAUGAGUAUUGAAAUUUCACGGGCGUUCUGGGAGUUGUGGAUCUGAGAGUUAUGGAGAUCAGGUUAUGGAGAUCAGGUUAUGGAAAUUCGGGAGCGCAUCGUCACAUUUCAAUCAAAUAGACGCGCGAUGAGAAUGAAGCCAAGGCAUCAUUAAAUAGUCGGAUCUCUCGAAUGGAAGCUCAUUUGGUCUUUGGUCGCUCAUCCUCAUUACUCGAUUGGCCUUUCAUUCAAAGUGCCCUCGUGUUAGAAAGGGCGAC